AUGUACAAGGAUGCCCAGAAAGACCAGACUGAGGAGAAACCUGCCGGCACCAUCCUGGUCUUCCUGCCUGGUUGGGGCGACAUCGAUACAUUGCAGAAGCGCUUGGCACAGAACUUUGACCCGAAGAGAUUUAAGAUCUUACCACUUCACUCGCAGGUGACCCCUCAACAACAGCAAGAAAUCUUUGAACCAGCGCCAUCGGGAGUGCGGAAGAUCGUGUUGACCACCAACAUUGCCGAGGCCUCCAUCACCGUGGAGGGCACCGAGUUCGUCAUCGACUCGGCGAGGGCUAAAGAGGUGAGCUACGAUCCCUACCUCAAGGUGGGAACCUUGACCACCUCUUGGAUCUCGAAGGCCUCCGCCAAGCAGCGUGCCGGACGAGCAGGUCGCACACAAGGUGGCUUGUGCUUCCAUCUCUUUUGCCGUGAACGAUACAACAAGGUGGAUGACUAUCUGCCACCCGAGCUCUUACGGAGUCCACUGGAGGAUGCCGGCCUCCUCCCGGUUUCAGCCUUUUGCCAAUCCCAGUUCUGGGGCACUCAGCGGGUACCACUCCACUUCGAACGCAGAAAUGUGUGGCUCUGUUGCGAGAAACAUUGGCAGCUGAUGCUUUGUGAAGGUCUCACUGCUUGGAGCUGGGGCACAAGUCCUGGUAGCCAAUCGAUUCUCAAUGGCUUAACCUUCCAGGACAAAUAUGUGACUGUGGAAUACUUCGGCAGAUCCUACAAGACGCUCCGGCCGGGCUUGAACUGGGCUGGCUGCACCUUGGCCGCCUUCGCCCACUGGUUUUAUUUCUGGGUUCGCUUUGGAUCACAUUCUCCUGAUAAAAUCACAUAG